CACCAAACACAGCCGGCAUGGUCAGUGCACUGCUGGCGAAUAAUGUAACCACUACGACAGCAACCACCAUUCCCGAUCACUAUAGCCUGCGUUGGAACAACCAUCAGAACCACUUGAUGAGAGCCUUCGACGCCCUGCUCCAGUCAAAGACACUGGUUGACGUCACCUUAGUGUGUGCUGAGACCAGUAUUAGGGCGCACAAAAUGGUGCUUUCCGCCUGCUCACCUUUCUUCCAAAGAGUUUUCGCCGACACACCGUGCAAACAUCCCGUCAUCGUCUUAAAGGACUUUCGCGGUUGGGUGGUGCAGGCUAUCAUUGACUUUAUGUAUCGUGGAGAGAUCAGUGUACCUCAGGAGAGAUUGCAAACUCUGAUACAAGCUGGCGAAUCUUUGCAAAUACGGGGCUUAGUUGAAAGUUCAAUACCGGAACACACCCCAACACCCGCGGCCUCACCGAAUGAUUUCGGCAUGCUCGACACAUCACUGCUCUCCCCCGAAAUGGAGAGGUGUUCCAGCUUUGACGAAGAAUCGCCUUCCAUGGUCACCUCUGGUUCAAAAAUAAUUUUACCUUCUAGGCUAUUUGGUGGAUCAUACCGACGUGAAAAGGAACGCAAACGGGAACGAGAGAUGGAACACGACUUCGAAAGCGAUCAUGAGCUGUUGAAUGAUUCACUGACCAACAAUGAUUUGUGUACCUCGCCCAUGCCACGACGCAAACAGGCUAGGCCAAGAAGAAGGUCAGGAGAAUUGACCAACGACAUGAUCAACAAUAAGCCCUCAACGCCCUUACCUCCCCUCGAUUGUUCACAAAGUACUGGAGAACAAGAAGUAUGUAAAGAUAUCAAGGAAACGUCAGAUGAUGCUGCAAUGGGAGAAGAGAGGGAAGGCUUGGAUCCACUCAAAACCGUGAUCAAAUCUGAAUUAUCCGAAAUUUUGGACGACGAGGACUCGCAUGCUGGUGAACACGAUAGCGGAAAUGAUAGUCAUGAUCAUCCCGAAGAGCUGGGCGAUAAAUUAACAGAUAGCAAGUCCCCAUUUGAUAACAAACGUCAUCAAGUCCCGAUAACUCAGGUUGAAGACUUGGAGCACGACGAACGUGAAGAACCUGAGGAUAUAGAAGAGCUCAUCAACACCACCAACGAGCUGAAUAGAAGAAGAAAAUCUGCCUUAUCGAUGCAUUCAGAUGGUCCCGAGGACUUGUGUACAACGAAGAAAGAUAACGACACUAGUGGACAUCAUUCGGCAUCUGAUAAUGAAGACUGUUCCAAUAACAAUAACAACAACAUCUCUAAAUUGCACAACAAUAAUAACCGCAUUGUACUCUCGCUCAAGGACAUACGUCAGCUCAACAAACCGUCAUCAUCGACGCCCAACCCCUCGUCCAAUAAUAUGAAUCCCUUUUCCGCCACCAGCUUAAGAGAUUUGCGCUUGGAUCGUUCCUCGAUGGAAAAUCAUUGCAAAAUGGAAGCUUUGGAGGCUCAGAUGCAAGCUGCAGCAGCAUGUGCAGCAGCCGCAGCUGCAAACGGAGAAAAUCCCUUCCAGCAUAUGGAACAUCAAAUGGACCUAUCAUUAGCGGCUGCCGCGGCGGCAGCGGCCGUAUCCCACCAGCAAUCCCGCGACCAUGCCCUGCAGAGAGAACAACGUGAAAUGCAACAGCACAACGCCUAUGCCAACAGCAUUUUAGGGCAAAUGGGUAUGUCAGGCAUGCCACCUUUUUGUUCCCCUGCUGGAGCGCCACCUAACGGAGGUCCUUCGGGCCACGAACGCUUAGAAGAGAGCAUGAAUCGCAUGAGUAAGGAAUUCACUCCCACUUCCCCUAUGAGUCUGCCACCUCCAUACAAUCCACAAGAUGGACCACCGCACCCACCAUCACCCCUACCUUUCCCCGGUAUGUCGUCAGCUCUGGCCUUAACGCCACCGCACAUGUUUGGAUUGGAUUCUCCAUUGGGCCUAUUCCCACCGGGCAUCGAUCCUGGAAAACUUUACAAUCCCCUAAUGGAAAUGUCGGACCCCCGAGGAAUGCCAGGCGAAACCCCACCAUUCCUCAAAAAGAAAAUGCCCCGUCCCAAAGGUCAGCACUCGGCUCCUCGGGGUGGCCCACCCCGUUCGUGGACGAAUGCAGAGCUCACCGAAGCUCUGCAGCAUGUUUGGAAUAAGAAAAUGACCACCUCACAAGCCUCCCGCAUCUUUGGCAUACCCUACAACUCGCUGCUGAUGUAUGUUCGUGGUAAAUAUGGCAAAAGCCUGAAGCUUGAGCAGCUACGCAAGGACUGCAUUAGUGGACCUCCAUUGGAGUUGUUGCAAAUGGGUGUCAAUUCCUCGUCGUCGAAUUCGAGCAACAAGAAUUCCUCAGAGACUAGAGAGCAGAAAGAAGCGCGGAAGGAGGUUCAACGAAACAACAGCAACUCGGCGAAUACCAAUGACAUGGACAUAGUCUGUGGUGGUCCCAUGACUGGGUCAGGACCACGCAGUUCUAGCUCUGAACCCGACCUAUUGGGAGGACCGAAUUCUCUUUUCAACCCCUUUAAUCCUCAAGGCUUCUAUCCGGACUUCCCCGGCGGGUUCCCCGGUCUACCCCUAAGUAUGCUGAAUCUGUUACCUCCCUCGGAAAGACAGCACGCAGCAGCCGCGGCCGCUGCCAUGCAUCAUUCCAUGGUCAUGGAUGAAGAUUGCAAAUCCGAUCGCUCGAAACAAUCUUCAUCUGUUGAUGAUGAGUUCACAAUGGGCCGCGAGGACCGUCACCGCCAUAAUGAACUCAUGCAGGCCACUAACUCAUCUGCCUCGACUCUGUCUCAACAAAAUGGUGCCGGACAAGAUUGA